UGUAUUAUGUGUUUUUAGUUUUAUUUAGGGCAAACAAAUGAAUAAAACUAACUACCCUUUUAAUUAUGCACAUUUUUGUCAUUAAAUCUGUCUAUAAACAAAAAGUAGACAACAUGGCAGUGUUAUUAGUCAGAAGGAUGAAUGUUUUAUGAACUUUCAUAAUAAAACUGACCCGAGUUCACCAAAACUUAUUAGACACUGGUCAUGUGAUCAACUCCCCCUAGUGGUGAACCAUCGGAUUUUCGAAACGUUUCGAAACAGUUAUGACGUAAUGAAGCCUCGUUUGCUAAAAUCACGUGACUUGGGCCAGUUUGAAACAAGCUCCGAACCACUGAUUCGAAACAAAAGAUUCGUAAAUGUUUCGAAGCCUCAUGAAGCAGUGCUUCGAAAACGACCAUCACUAGUCUCCGGAGGUUGCAUUUCUACGCUGCAUACGUCAUCAAGACUUUCUUAUUUCAGAAUAUUAACAAUUAUACAGUUGACUAUUAUUCUUAGUUAAUCGUAAAUUGUUGUAAUAUGCUUAUGAUUUGCGAAUGUAAUGCUCAGUAAACUAAAAUAAACCAGGCUUAGUAUGCAGCCUGCAUAUGCGACCUCCAUAGGGUGGAGCCUUUGGAUUGAGAGACGGGCAGUAGCUUACAACAGAUAAAAUUCAAGAUAAGACUUAUCAGAUGAUCCACAUGUGAACCUCUAGUAUGAGCAACACACAGACAUCCACACAGAGAUAUAUCUCCAGAAUCCAGCAGAGGGAGAAACACCUCAAACCCUUCGUUGUCUUGUCAGUGACGUCAUAGAGUUGAAAGUGAAAGCAAAAAGUUGUUUAUCUUCCAAACGGGUAGGGUGGAUUCCUUACCAUACGGUCGGUAGUUGAUGUAAAGCUGCAGGAUUUUGGGGAUGUGAGUUCAGUCAGAUUUGUCAGUUGUGGAGAUCAGAUUGAUCAGAUUUACUUCUGCAGCUACAUUAUGGAUGAAACAUCAACAGAUGGAGAUUUUUCUCCAGGAUGCAGUUCAGAUCAUCAGAAGAGAUCAGAUCCAGAGUUCAGCUGUGUGUCUAUGAAGAGUGACGCGUCUAUGAAUUCACCAUUCAACUUUAAGAUUGGGGAUAUAAGGCCUGCUGUCAGUUCAGAUCAUCAGAAGAGAUCAGAUCCAGAGCCCACAUGUGUGUCUAUGAAGAGUGACGCGUCUAUGAAUCCACCAUCACCCAACUUUAAUAUUGGAGAUAAGAGGCCUGCUGUCAGACGAAUCAGAACAAAAUAUGGCCGUAAGAGGAGUAAACUACAUGACUACAUUGAAAAGAUGAGUCUUGGUUUCAGCCAUGACUCUAAUCUUGCUGAAGGCCUCAACACAUUCAGAUCAAAUCUGAGGAAGAAGUUUGAGUGUUUAUGUGAGGUAACAUCAAGGCAGGGAAACCCAACACUACUGAAUGAGAUCUACACAGAGCUCUACAUCACAGAGAGUGAAAGUGGAGAGAUCAGUAAUGAACAUGAGGUGAGACAGAUUGAGAUACAAUCCAGAAGAACAACAACAGAGGAGACACCAAUCAAAUGUAAUGACAUCUUUAAACCUUUACCUGAACAAGACAAACACAUCAGAAGUGUGAUGACAAAGGGAGUCGCUGGCAUUGGAAAAACAGUCUCUGUACAGAAGUUCAUUCUGGACUGGGCUGAAGAGAAAGAGAAUCAGGACGUCCACCUCAUAUUUCCACUUCCUUUCAGAGAGAUCAAUUUGUUGAAGGACAAAACACUCAGUCUUUUAGAUCUUCUUCAUCUUUUCUUCCCAGAGACAAAAGAAAUGGAAAUCUUCAGUGAUGAAUAUAAAGUGUUGUUCAUCUUUGAUGGUUUGGAUGAGUGUCGUCUGUCUCUGGAUUUUAAAAGCGAAGUGAAGUUGUGUGAUGUAAGUGAAUCAACCUCAGUGGACGUGAUGCUGACAAACCUCAUCAAGGGGAAUCUGUUUCCCUCUUCUCUCAUCUGGAUCACCUCCAGACCAGCAGCAGCUGAUCUCAUCCCCUCUGAGUGUGUUGAUCGAGUCACAGAGGUACGAGGCUUCAGUGAUCCACAGAAGGAGGAAUACUUCAGGAAGAGAAUCAGUGAUGAGAGUCUGUCUGAUCAAAUCAUCUCACACCUGAAGUCAUCCAGGAGUCUCUACAUCAUGUGUCACAUCCCAGUGUUCUGCUGGAUUUCAGUCACUGUUCUAGAGAGAAUAUUGAGUGAAGCAGAGAGAAGAGAGAUCCCCAAGACUCUCACACAAAUGUACACACACUUCCUGAUCAUUCAGACAAACAUCAAACAUCAGAAGGACUAUGAGAAGAAAGUGAAGGAUGAAGAGAUGAUCUUCAAACUGGGUAAACUGGCAUAUGAGCAGCUUGUGAAAGGCAAUGUGAUCUUCUAUGAUGAAGACCUGAGAGAGUGUGGCAUUGAUGUAGCAGAAGCAUCAGUGUACUCAGGAUUGUGUACUCAGAUCUUCAGAGAGGAGUUUUGUUUGUAUCACGGGAAAGUUUACAGCUUUGUUCAUCUGAGCAUUCAGGAACAUCUAGCAGCUCUUUAUGUGCACCUCAACUUUAUAAACAACCACACACAGCAGUUCGCUGACAAAAUUUUGCAGUUUAAUUUAUUUCACGUGCACCAGAAUGCUGUGCAUGAGGCUCUUCAGAGUAAAAAUGGACAUCUGGAUCUUUUUCUUCGUUUUCUUCUGGGUUUGUCAGUGGAGUCCAAUCAGAAUCUCAUACGAGGUUUGAUGUUACAGACAGAUCUCAGCUCUCACAGCAAUGAGGAAACAAUCAAAUACAUCAAACAGAAGAUCAGUGAGUAUCUUUCACCAGAGAAAUAUAUCAAUCUGUUUCACUGUCUGAUUGAACUGGGUGAUCAUUCACUAGUGGAGGAAAUCCAACAUCAUCUGAAAUCUGGAACAUUAAAAGAUACCAAACUCUCUCCAUCUCAGUGGUCAGCUGUAGUUUUUGUGUUGUUGACAUCAGAACAGAAGCUGGAGUGGUUUAGACUGGCACAUUUUAUCCAAGGAACCCAAGCUGAAAAACAUAAAGUUAUUCAGAAGCUGUUGCCUGUGAUUUGUGAAUCCAGAUCAGUUUGGAUGAUUGGUCAUAAUCUCAUGAAAGAAGAUUGUGUUGAUCUGACUUCAGCUCUGAGAUCAAACCCAUCACAGCUGAGAGAACUGGAUCUGUCUAGUAAUAAUCUUGGAGAUUCAGGAGUGAAGAUGAUCUCUGAUGUACUGAAGAAUCCUCAAUGUAAACUGGAGAUACUGGGCUUGUGUCAUUUUAAUAUCACAGCUGAAGGUUGUGCUGCUCUAACUUCAGCUCUGAGAUCAAACCCAUCACACAUAAAAUAUCUGAAACUGUCUAAGAAUAAUCUUGGAGAUUCGGGAGUGAAGCUGAUCUCUGAUGUACUGAAGAAUCCUCAAUGUAAACUGGAGAAACUGUGGUUGGAGUGUUGUAAUAUUACAGAUGAAGGUUGUUUUGCUCUGGCUUCAGCUCUGAGAUCAAACCCAUCACAUCUGAUACAUCUGUAUCUUUGUAAUAAUAAACUCGGACAUCCAGGAGUGAUGCUGCUCUGUAAUCUAAGGGAUGAUCCACAUUAUAAACUAGAGAAUUUAAUUAUUUGAUCAAUCCACCGUCCAACAGACGACAGUUGUGCAGGCAUCCAAGAUACUUCCAUGGCUUAAAUCAGCUGUGGCAUCAGUAAAAUCUCAUGUAUGAGUGUUAUAUGUGUGUGCUCAUACUCAUAUUAUGAUAAUAUACCUUACUGUAAUUCAUACUGAUAUUCUGACUUGUGUACAAGCUUACAUUUGUGUUGCAUUUCAUUUUUUUCCUAUCAUUUAUUACAGUAUUGCAUUUAGUUUAAUGUCCAUUUAUCCAUAUAUAUGAACUAACAUUUACAAAGUUUGAAUUAUUUAUUUUAUUAUUUUUCAUUACUGUUUAAUGUUAUUUUUAUUAUCUUCACAAGUACAGUAACAGAUAAGGAAAUAUAUCAGUCUCAAGGGUCAGACCAUCAAGAGUGUAACAAUCCACUGUCAUUUUUCAGAAGUAAAUAAGUGUUUAUAUAGAAGUUUAUCAUUUGCAUGUGUGUCGUAACUUGCAAAUGUUAACAUUCAAGCCAUUUUAAAAUUUGAGCGCAAGAAGAUGCUAACGUGAGCUAUUGCCUUUAUGCAUAGCCGCACACACUCAAAUAGACACACACUAAUAAGUGCAUGCACAAAGAUAAGUCUUUCAAAAAUCAGAAUAUUAAAAAAGGGUUAGGGUUAGGGUUAACCAACCCUUUAAUUUAUAGAAUAAAGAAGACAGUGUUACUAUUCAAUUUAUCUCCUGUUAGACCUUAGGCAACUUUAUUUGUAACUUUUGUUAUUUUAUGUUUAUACUUGUAAUUUUUUGAAUCACAUUUACUCCCCCUCCUUUUUUACUGAUCUGAAAAUUAUUCAAUCGGGGACUCAUAAACUGUUAUGUAAUCCAUUUAACCACUACUAAAUUGUAAAAUGAUGUAAUUUGAGAGUAGGCAUGAGAUCCACCCUAUUUCACCGGUGAGAUGUAGUGCUUAGUGCAAGAACUAGAUCUAAACCUUGAAUCUGAAGGAUCUAACAUUUUUAUUAGCAUAGCCAUAAUUGGAUCUAACACUGUAUAUAUGACACUAUAUUGUGUGUGUUGUUUUACAAUAAGUUUCUGUGUUGAGAUGUAAUGCUAUGGUUUGUCUUAGCAUUAAAGGUCUUGUUUUUCCUGUG